AUGACAUGGUCACCACGUAAUCGACCGGGUGAUGAUGAUGAUGAUGAUGAUUUGGGUGAUAUUGAUGCAUCAUCAGAGCAGAAUCAUUCCGAUCGUCCAUGUAGUAGUGCUUCUGAUGGAGAUAUCUCCGUUGUAAUCAAUGAUACCAGUGAACAAGAUGCAUCCGGUGAUGUGCAUUCAAAAUCGGUAACAUCACCACCAUGUUCCGAUACAAGCGGUAAUCUACCACGAUCAUCAAUAUCAGCAAUAUCAACACCAAAGAAAAUGAAAAUUUGGUCAAUUGCAGAAACAUUAUCAAAUAGCACAACUGAUGCAAAUAGCAGUAGUACCGGAUAUGGUAGUAGUAGUAAAGAUGAUCGUGAACGAGCAUCAACAUCAGUUGAACGAAAAUCAUGGAGUGAUGGUCGUGAUUCGAUACCACCAUCAGAUUCAACUGGUAUCGCUUCAUCAAUGAUUAAUACCAUUCCAUCACAACCACAGUUACCACAACCACAACAACCACCACCACAACCACCACCAUUGCUACCUCCUGGUACUUCUGCUAUUACUACUGUUAAUGGACAAAUACCGCAACAUUUCCUACAAUUUCAUCCCUGGCAACAACAACAAUUAGCUAUGGCUAUGGCUGUUCGAAUGCCAUUUCCUAGGCCUGAAUUAUUAACAAUGAUGGCUCAAGCAAGUCAAAUUCGACCACCGAUGCUUUUUAAUCCGAUGUUUAUGGGUGCUGUAAUGUCAGGUGUACCACCACAACCAACACAUUAUCCGAUACCUGCUACUCAUUUAUCAGUACCACCGGUACCACCCAGUACAUCACUAUCUAACGGUUAG